CCAUGAUUUGUGAUCACAACUCACAAUAGACAUGGCGGCAGCUCGAAUGUUGGAUUUCCUGGUUUCUUAACAUUCUCUGAACUAUUUAUUAUGAUGGAUAAACGACAAACUAUUGACGAGUACGUCCAAUCGUCACAGAAGAAUGUGUUAAAGUAUAUCCCUCAGGUGUUUUUCAAGAUUACCCUCAUUGCUGUGCAGUAUACUGUUCGAUAUUUGUUAUUAUUUUGUACAUUUCUAGCUGAAUUCCGCAGGGUUUACGCUGUUUCUACGAAGCGCUUUACUGGUGGAUUAGCAUAUGAUCAUUUACAGCGUGAUUUAGGUAAUUUAAGUAAGUUACCAAAACAUAUGAGCUUUGUCAUCAACGAAGGAGUUGGAACUGACUAUUGUGACAUUACAAAUUUGAUUGUAUGGACCAUUGCCAUGGGGAUUCCAUACAUCACCCUAUAUGACCGUCACGGUCUUCUCAAAGCUGGAGAGUCAAGAAUAUAUAAUGUUCUAAAGGAAAAAAUUGCCUUCUUUCUUGGUAAAAGCAAAGCUGAAGGAAUUGACAUUAUUGUAAAGAACAGCUCAACUAAAUAUAAAAAUGGAAUAACCUAUCCAAAACGAGUGUGUGUUCAAUUAUUAUCAGAAGAAGAUGGAAAAACUGAUCUUCUUGAAUCAGCAAGGCGAAUUGCUUCAGACUAUUCACAAAAAAAUUUGGAAAUGAAAGAAAUUAAUAUUGAGUAUAUAGAUAAAUCGUUGAAAGCUACUGAAAAUAUACCUGACCCAGAUCUUAUAAUUCAAUUUGGCCCAGUAAAUUCUUUAAUGGGGUUUUUACCUUGGCAAACCAGAUUAUCCGAAAUAAUACAUGGUGACUCACACAAAAAUAUAUCGUACAAUAAGUUCUACGAACUUCUACAAAAAUACAGCAAGUGUAAUCAAAGAUUCGGAAAAUGAAACAGUUCAUUGACAGAGGGUGAUGCAACAAAUAAGUUUUUUGACUUCGAUGAAAUAAUAACUGCGUUGAAAAAAUUACUGAUUUCUAUAAAAUAUAGAAAUAGACAUUCAAGUUGAAAUGCGGUCAAUAGGUUUUAUGAGAGAGGUUUUAUAUAAAGAAUGAAUUGAAAACCUUUAGUGGGUUGCUCUUUCACAAAAUCAAAGAGUUCGAAAUUCAAAGGAACAUCUCAGAAUAGAGAAUAGAAGGUUUAUAUAGAACUUUUUUUCUUAUUCUAAAACUUCGGUUUUAGUAAAAAUAUAUGAAAUUAAUAAAAAGUAAAUAUUUUUUCGCUUGGAAUAUACAUUUUUUAAAUACGUUAGGUCUAUUAUACAAUAUUCAAAUUUUUUUGAAUCUUUAUUAUAACUACUUGAAUAAGAGAAUAAUUUAUACAGGUCUGUUGA